UUUCUGCGUGAAAAUACGAACGUGGACGGAAAACUGUCUCUGCUCUGCUCUCUCACCCGCCACCUCUGUUCAUCUACCCGGGUUUCCCAUCAUAUUUCUUCGCUUGUUCACGUUCUCAUCUCCUGUCAAUCUUCACGUAUAUGCAUCCCCCAGUGGUUUUUUUAGGGUUUUAGAGCCCUCCGAACAUGGCGGACCCAUCCCCUUCCUCGAAUCAGAGCUCCACCACCAUCACCGACUUGAAUCAAGACUCUCUGGUCCACUGCGCCAGCUUCCUCCGUAAUCUCCAAGACCUCUCCAACUUGGCCAUGUCCUGCAAGCUCCUCAAAUCUGUCGCUUAUUCUGAUGCCAUCUGGCAGCGUUUCUUCUGGGAGUGUUGGCCAGGGAAGCUACCUAGCCUUUCGCAGGCAGCAGGAGUCAGGGAAGCAUAUUUGUUUAGGCAUACUGCGGUGCAGCAGUUCAAGUUUAUUGAUCCGUUAAUUGCUGAACUCUAUACAGAUGCAAUACCAUGCAGUCAUGUAUUAUUAGACAAAAGUGAUAUAAUCUUUUCAAAGGUAUCAUUUACAAUUUUCUUCAUGAUAAACUCCCUGCCACUAUCAUAGGGUAAUAGUGUUUUAUACUCCAGUAGUUUCACUCAAGAUUCAAGAAUACAGUUAUCUCUCUUAACUCAUCCGCUUGUUAACUAGCGUGCAAGGUGCAAUUAUCCCUUCCUCUGCCCAGGGUUCCUUGAUCCAAAUUAUGAAGGUUGAUAGCUUUUUAAGCGGAAGAGAUUCCAUUGUCACACUAACUGAUCAUAAUGCAAGAAUUACUUGUAUGAGAUUGUUUCCCCUGAAUGAAACAUCUUUAUUUCGAAGUAAAACAAACAGAAACGAAAAUGUUCUGGUAACCUCAAGCUGUGAUCACUCCAUUCGGUUGUGGUGGAAGGGUUCUUGCCAACGAUGUUUCAGAGGUCAUAAUGGCCCAGUUUCCACCCAGUUUCCACACUUUCAGAUAAAUUGUUAGGUGAUGAUACCAGCAAAAUAUUUGCAAGUGGAGGGGAAGAUGGUACAGUUCGCCUUUGGUCCCUAAGCUCAAGCGGAAAACGUGGCCAACGUGCUUUAAAGGCUACACUUUAUGGCCACGAGAAACCUGUCAAAUUAAUGUCAGUUGCUGGGCAUAAAACUUCUCUUUUGGCAUCAAUUUCAAAUGAUUCUAAGGUGAGGCUUUGGGACACAACUACAUCUUCUGCUGUUCGUUCUUCAUGCUGCGUGGGAAUGACUUCUGCGCCUGGUGUACCAGUGGGCAUGAAAUGCCAUGGAUCUUUGCUUUAUGUUGCUGCAGGUUCUUCUGUUGUUGCAAUUGAUUUGAGGACAAUGCAAAAAGUCAUUACUGCUGCACUUUUUCUGCCAAAACUGUACUCAUUUGAGAUUACGCCCUUGAAAUCCAUGAUCUGCACAGGAGCAAUUGGCAAAGCGAUGCUAUGGGAUAUUAGGAAAAACCAGGGGACACUAAAACCAGAACCUGUUGCUGAGUUGGAUGGGCACCAGGGUUCCAUAACGCUGUUGCACAUGGAUUCAUACAAAAUAAUCACGGGUGGCCCGGAAGAUCCCUUUGUUAAUGUGUGGGAGGCCGGCUCCGGCAGGCAGACAAAUUCCCUGCUUUGCUGUUCAUCCGAGGCAUACUCCUACUCUGGAUGCACUGCCAUGGCUGUAAAAGUAUGCCAGAUUGUUACUGCUAGCUGUGGUGAAGCGCAGGGACUUUUAUGCUUUAGGGACUUCGCCAGUGCUGGUUCUCCCGCUCUUACCCACCAAGAUGAGCCCCUCUCAAAGUUUUGGGGGCCACAAUCUAAUGGUGACUCAGACUCAGAUGGUUCUGAUGGCUGACUACACGUACACUCGCCCCUGGGACCAAGCAUCAUCUUUGUAUUAUUGGUUCUCUUUUUUGGGUAUACUGCCCAAUAUAAGAUCUUUGUAUUAUCAGUCAGACAUCCCCUGUUGAAGUUUUUACCAUAGUAGAUGCCUAGAAAAAGGGCAAUUGUAUGUAUGUGUGUUUCCAUGUAAUGACUCUUCAAAAUUUCAGGUAAGUGAUGGAUAGUAUAUGAUAUUUUAAA